AUGUCGAUGCCCAAUGAAGCCCUCCAAAAGUUGAUGCAAGAGAUCGAAGCAAGAGCAAUCUUCUCCCAGCAGCAACUCCAAAUCGUAAAGUCGCAAAUGGCCGGAAAGCAUCGCGACAUCCGAUUACUCCAGUUGACAUCCCGGGAGCUCGAUACGCUGCCUCCGUCAACCAAGGUUUACGAAGGCGUUGGGAAAAUGUUCGUGUUGGAGGAGCUUUCGGAUAUUCAGAAGCGCCUCGAGGAUGAGAAGAAGAGUUCGGAAGGCGACAUCAAAGAUCUCGAGAAGAAAUUCCGAUACCUUGAGACCACAUAUGAAAAGGCUCAGGACAACAUCAAUCAGAUCCUCAACCGAGGGAGAUAA